CUUGUCAUCAGAAGCACAGUCAUGUGUGUUGUUUUAUGAAAAUGCACGUCCUGUUGUACAUUAAAUAUCAGUUAUUAUAAUUCAACUGAGUCCCUUUUUCCCAGCAGGAUAUUCAAACAGGAUUUUCAUUUUCUGAAGAACAAGAAAUCCACCGGAUUCAGAAGUCCUGAGAAAAACACUGAUGCUUAAAGGGAAGGAAUUGCUACCUCGGUAGUAACUUGUAACGCUGUCAUCAAUCAAGUGAUACACGCUCCGAGCUACAGUGGCUUUGCAAUAACCCUCUAAAUUCCAACAUCACUCACUUUCAGAGUGGCGAGCUUAGAAAGAAUACAUAUACUCGUGGAGAAGAAUCACCUUUUUCAUUCAUUACUUACUUUGCUUGGUCUGCAGUCAUCUGGUAUUUCCUUUUAAAAUGCAUUGGGUCACGAUUGUGCUUGCCGGAUUGACUUUUUGCGGAAAACUGUCAAUGUACAAUGGCUUAGAUUAUGAUUAUAGUUAUGAUUCUUAUGACGAAGAGAAAAGUGACACGAUUGAUUACAAGGAUCCUUGCAAAGCUGCUGUCUUUUGGGGAGACAUUGCCUUAGAUGAAGAAGACUUGAAAAUGUUUCAAAUCGAUAGAACAGUUGAUCUCACUCAACACACAAACGAAAGACUAGGUCACACAACAGGUGGCUUAGAGGAGCAUGCUAUAUCCAAGAAAGUGUCACUUUAUCAGCUUAUAGACAGGAUAAGAAGAUUUGGCCAUGACAGUGGGAGAAAAAACACAACAAAUGAAACUGGGAGCACAAAAUCCUCUGGGAAAAGCAAGAAAAGCAGAAUCUCCAGAGCUGCAACUUCACGUGCUGAGAGAAUAUGGCCUGGAGGCGUCAUUCCAUUUGUUAUUGGAGGCAAUUUCACUGGCAGUCAGCGAGCUAUGUUCAAACAGGCCAUGAGACACUGGGAAAAACACACAUGUGUUACUUUCAUCGAGCGGACAGAUGAGGAAAGUUACAUUGUCUUCACAUAUAGGCCUUGUGGGUGCUGCUCCUAUGUGGGGAGACGAGGAAAUGGUCCUCAGGCCAUAUCUAUCGGCAAGAACUGUGAUAAGUUUGGAAUUGUUGUGCACGAACUGGGACAUGUGAUCGGGUUUUGGCAUGAACACACACGGCCAGACCGUGAUGAUCAUGUAACCAUUAUUAGAGAAAACAUCCAACCAGGUCAGGAAUACAACUUCCUGAAGAUGGAACCUGGAGAAGUGAAUUCUCUUGGGGAACAAUAUGACUUUGACAGCAUUAUGCACUAUGCCAGGAACACUUUCUCAAGGGGCAUGUUUCUGGAUACUAUUCUGCCCUCCCGCGAUGAAAAUGGUAUAAGACCUGCCAUUGGCCAGCGAACACGAUUAAGUACAGGAGACAUUGCACAGGCAAGGAAGCUGUAUAGAUGUCCAGCAUGUGGAGAAACAUUACAGGAGUCAAGUGGCAAUUUCUCAUCUCCUGGAUUCCCUAAUGGAUACCCCUCUUACACUCACUGUGUUUGGAGAAUCUCAGUUACCCCAGGAGAAAAGAUUGUCCUGAACUUUACAACAAUGGAUCUUUAUAAAAGCAGUUUGUGCUGGUAUGACUACAUAGAAGUCAGAGAUGGCUACUGGAGGAAAGCACCCUUACUUGGUAGAUUCUGUGGGGACAAAGCCCUGGAGGUUCUGACAUCUUCAGAGAGUCGUAUGUGGAUAGAGUUCCGCAGUAGCAGUAACUGGGUGGGGAAAGGCUUUGCUGCUGUCUAUGAAGCCAUCUGCGGAGGUGAGAUCAGCAAAGACGAGGGCCAGAUUCAAUCCCCCAACUAUCCAGAUGACUACAGACCAAUGAAGGACUGUGUAUGGAAGAUAACAGUGCCAGAAAACUACAAUUUGGGAUUAAGCUUUCAGGCUUUUGAGAUCGAGAGACAUGAUAACUGUGCCUAUGACUACCUGGAGGUGCGAGAUGGGAGCACAGAGAACAGCCCUCUCAUUGGCCGUUUUUGUGGCUAUGAUAAACCAGAAGAUAUCCGAUCUACCUCAAAUAUCUUAUGGAUGAAAUUCAUUUCGGAUGGAACAGUCAACAAGGCUGGAUUUGCUGCAAACUUCUUCAAAGAGGAAGAUGAAUGUGCCAAACCUGACAAUGGAGGGUGCGAACAGCAAUGCGUGAACACACUGGGUAGCUACAAGUGCACCUGUGAUCCUGGCUAUGAACUUGCUCCAGACAAGAAGAGUUGUGAAGCUGCCUGUGGUGGUCUCCUGACCAAGCUAAAUGGAACUAUUACAACGCCAGGCUGGCCCAAGGAAUACCCUCCCAAUAAGAACUGUGUGUGGCAAGUGGUUGCUCCUACUCAGUACCGGAUCUCCAUGCAGUUUGAGUUUUUUGAGCUUGAGGGAAAUGAAAUUUGCAAGUAUGAUUAUAUAGAAGUCCGCAGUGGCCUUUCCUCAGAUUCCAAACUGCAUGGAAAGUACUGUGGGACAGAAGUGCCUGAAGUCAUCACAUCCCAGUACAACAACAUGAGAAUAGAGUUCAAAUCUGACAACACAGUAUCAAAGAAGGGCUUCAAGGCACAUUUCUUUUCAGACAAGGAAGCUUCCUGCAAAGAGAAAAUUUUUGUUUUUGAAUCUUGCAAGGACUUGGGGCAGGUUGCCACUUCAGGCCGAGUACGUAUUAUUGAGAGACUGGCGGCCUCUGAGGGUCUCAGAGACAAGGAUGAGUGCUCCAAGGACAAUGGCGGCUGUCAGCAUGACUGCAUCAACACUAUAGGGAGCUAUGUAUGCCAGUGCCGCAAUGGAUUUGUGCUACAUGAAAACAAACAUGACUGCAAAGAAGCUGAAUGCGAACACAGUGUCCACAGUCCCAGUGGAGUGAUCACCAGCCCCAACUGGCCAGACAAGUACCCAAGCCGUAAGGAAUGCACAUGGGCAGUUACAGCUACUCCUGGGCACCGUGUGAAAGUAUCUUUUAAUGAGUUUGAGAUCGAACAGCAUCAGGAAUGCGCCUACGACCAUCUGGAGGUGUUUGACGGAGAGAGUGACAAAGCCGCAAUUCUGGGGCGGCUAUGUGGCAGCAAACUACCAGAUCCUGUUAUCUCCACUGGCAACAAGAUGUAUCUCAGGUUCAUUUCAGAUGCCUCAGUACAAAGGAAGGGAUUUCAGGCCACCCAUUCCACAGAAUGUGGAGGCAGGCUGAAAGCUGAGACCAGACUAAAAGACCUGUACUCACAUGCACAGUUUGGAGACAAUAACUACCCAGGGCAGGUGGAUUGUGAGUGGAUGAUAACUGCAGAGAAGGGAUAUGGCAUAGAACUGACCUUCCAGACAUUUGAGGUGGAAGAGGAAGCAGACUGUGGCUAUGACUACGUGGAACUGUUCGAUGGUUAUGACAGCACAUCGCAGAGGCUCGGACGGUUCUGUGGAUCUGGGCCACCUGAAGAAAUCUACACAGCAGGAGAUGCUGUCCUGCUUCACUUCCACUCUGACGACACAAUCAGCAAGAAAGGAUUCCAUAUACGAUACACAAGCACAAAGUUUCAAGAGGCUCUCCGUACCAAAAAAUAAAUCGGGGAAUAUCAUCACACAGCAACUUUUUUUUUUUUUUUUUUUUUUUUU